GGCAAAGCAAGUCUUGUCGGCGUCGAUGCACCGCAUCCUUCGACAAAACUAGAGCAACUCUUCUGAAUUGAUGACAGCCUCACCCAUCAUAACCUACUUGUUUGAUAUCGCUCGCGAACUUGGCGGAGAGGAGGUUCGGGGCGCUGGCGCGGAUGGUCACACACAGGAGCACGGGAAACGUGCAAACAAACAAACAUUGGGAACGACCGUUCUCGGAAGUUGUGCUUGCGACCGAGUCAAGUAAUGUUAACUUUUCCUGACCAUGGGCGGGGCUGCUCAUCGACGGGGCGUCACCACUGACUGGAUAUAAGCCGAGGAUACCAGUGACCUGCCGGUGCGUCGCACUGCGGAUUUACAUCAUUGUAUCUCGUCGGGCCGGGUGUUAAACUGCCGCUGCUAGGCUGGCGUGGUCCGGCGGGGUCACGAUGAUGGAAGCGCCGCUGGCGCCGCAGCAACGUGCCCCGCUCGGAAUGCACCCCGGAGGCAUGAGCAUGGCCCCCUUCGGCAUGGAGCCCAUCGUUGCCGACCCGGAGCCGUCCAUCGUCAAGGAGGGCUGGCUCAACAAGCGAGGGGAACACAUCAAGAACUGGCGAAAGCGCUACUUUGUGCUACGCGAGGACGGCACGCUGAUUGGGUUCAAGCUUAAGCCUGAGCAUAGCCACGCUGACCCUCUGAACAACUUUACUGUAAAAGGCUGCCAACUGAUGAAGUCUGAGCGACCAAAGCCAUUUACCUUCAUCAUACGUGGCCUGCAGUGGACGACGGUCAUUGAGCGCAUGUUCUGCGUCGACUCUGAAGAUGACCGGGAGGGUUGGUGCCGGGCCAUCCAGCAGGUGUCCGAGAAGUUGGCGAGCGAGGAGGACGUCGAGAUGGCUGAGCCCAAGGACGAGCAGUCCCUGCGUGACAAGUUCAGCAUCUCCACCCGCACAUACGCGACGGGCAACCGACUCAGCCUGGACAACUUUGAGUUCCUCAAGGUGCUCGGCAAGGGCACCUUUGGCAAGGUGGUGCUGUGUCGUGAGAAGUCCACGGAGUCCCUGUAUGCGAUCAAGAUUCUCAAGAAGAAGGUGGUCAUUGACAAGGACGAGGUGGCACACACGCUGACCGAGAAUCGUGUGCUGCGCAGCACCAAGCACCCGUUCCUCAUCUCGCUGCGCUACUCCUUCCAGACAGCCGACCGCCUCUGCUUCGUCAUGGAAUACGUCAACGGUGGCGAGCUCUUCUUCCACCUGUCACGCGACCGCGUCUUCACUGAGGAGCGCACCCGCUUCUACUCGGCCGAGAUCCUGCUCGCCCUUGAAUACCUACACAGCCAGGGCAUUAUCUACCGGGACCUGAAGCUGGAAAACCUCUUGCUGGACAGGGAGGGCCACGUCAAGAUUGCAGACUUUGGCCUCUGCAAGGAGGACAUCUCAUUUGGGUCCACGACCAAGACCUUCUGCGGCACGCCUGAGUACCUGGCACCCGAGGUGCUAGAGGACACCGACUACGGCCGGGCCGUGGACUGGUGGGGCCUGGGUGUCGUCAUGUACGAGAUGAUGUGUGGUCGCCUGCCCUUCUACAGCCGAGACCACGAUGUUCUCUUUGAACUCAUCCUCGUUGAGGAAGUCAAGUACCCCAAGAGCAUGAGCCCCGAGGCGCGGAACCUGCUCUCGGGUCUGCUCGUCAAGAACCCGAGGCAUCGGCUGGGCGGCUCAGUCAAUGAUGCCGCCGACAUCAAGGUGCACCCGUUCUUCCGCUCCGUCAACUGGGACGACGUGGCCCAGAAGAAGGUGACGCCGCCCUUCAAGCCGCUAGUGACCUCCGACACGGACACGCGCUACUUCGACCAGGAAUUCACGGGUGAGACAGUGGAGUUGACGCCGCCCGAGGAAGGCCCCCUGAACUCCAUAUCCGAGGAAUUUGAGCAGCCCUAUUUCCAGCAGUUCUCGUACCACGGCAGCACGGGCGCCCUGUGCGGAGGGGGUCGCGGCUACUCGGCAGGAGACCGCAAGGCCAUCCUCUCCUGAGCGGAAGAGGCCGUUGUGGAACUUCUCUCUUUCCCUCUCUCUCUCUUUCGUGAACAGUGCGCACACAGCUGAGGCGGAACGCGCCAUCCAGGUUACGCAGUGCACUUGCGUCGGCCACAGUGAAAUGGAACACAUGAGCCACUCAAGGGUGAAACGUGUUCUGUCAUCCGUCAAAGGUUACCCCCACAAGCCUCUUUAUUGCUUAUAAUUCUGUACUGAGUUGAAUGGUUUGAGAUUGCAAAAGCAGUUGUUUGACCCGGCACCUCAUCUUUGAGUGUGCUAUGUCCUUUUCAUAUUUUUCAGGAGAGCUUGUGCUAAACAUGGUGAGCACUUAUACUUGUUCUUAAAGGACACUGUGAAAUAUUUAUCACGUUUAGUAUCUGCAUUCACUCUGAAAAGGUGCAAUGAACCAUGACGUUCGACCAAAAUGUUGCUGGGCAGUUUGUUACAAAGCGUGUUAUGAGUUUAUGCUAUUUCAGCACCGAGCAACGCAUGUGGGAAUUGUCAGUUGCAUGUUACACUACAGUAAAAUCUCGAUGCUGUGAAUGUCUUGGAACAUCAAAAGGAUUUGUAUUAUCACAAAUUCGUAGUAUCGCUUACAAUGUUCACAGCACCUAACUGAAAGUAAGACAUUCUUGUUUAUUACGUUUGUGACUAUUUUUAGUUGAAGAUGUUCUUGACGGCCUUCUGGACCUUCAUUCCCUUAGCGUUGUGUCAAGUAUACGCUUGCAGAAUGUGCAAAACUUUUCACUUGUUUCUUUGCAUAUCUAUCCAGGGCUCAGUGCAUGUCACAGUGAGGGCUUUGCAGCUACGAAGUUCUUGGCCAGGAUCAUGAAAAGUCCAGUAUUUGAUAUGCCACUUCGCAGCUACGCACCACAACCAUACUCUUCCUACUGUGAAUAGUUUCGUGGCUGCUCACAAAUUCGUACUACCCGUCGUGGCCCAGUAUAGUAUUCAAGUCAUCCCAAAACUGAACUCAUCAUACAUUUUACAGGACUUCUUACAAAUUCGUAACAUCUUGAAAUUCAGGUAAACCGUGAUCAUAUUAUUCAGAUUCCACUGUGUCAGAAAAUAAUAAUGUGAAUUUAACUUUUGUGUAAGAACUUCAUUUUGUUGUGCUGUGUUACAAGCUAGCCACUGUACAUACUGCAAAGUAACGACGUGACUUUGGUACUGGCAGUGCUGGCCUGCGAUAAAUCCUGGCAUUUUCUGCAAGUUCACAAGCCUGCGGCCGUGUAAGCUUGCUGAUAAUGGCUGUUUAUCACAUCAGUGACGGUGAAAGUGUCAAGUGCAUGCUCUUGCACAAUAUGCGAAAUUCUGCAAGUGUGCUUGUACGCACACCUCCUUUGACAUAGCCAGGAUGGCGGUCCUUGGGCUAGAAUCGUAAUUAAGUUGUAAACGUGCGGGCUGAUGACAUCCCUCCUGCUGCCUUCUGUUCCUCGCACUGUCCAAGCUUUCAAAACGCGUGUCUUUGCUUUAACAGUUCUACUAGUGGUAACGCGGCGAUCAUGGUUAAGGCAAGUUAGAUGUGUGCAAUGGCUUGCUUAUGGAAUUUUGCGUUGCAGAUUGCAGGCAUUUUACAGGUGUGGGUGCUGUAAGAGAGUUUUAGAAAUAAGCAGCUCAAGUGGCUUGCUUAUGCAAAGCAUCCUUGGUGUAGGAACGGGGGGAAAAAAACGCCAACAUCACUCGGGCACAGAACCCAAAAUCCUUUGUGCAAAUGGAACAUGUUGGGCUCUAACAUUGGGUCCGCUAUCUCUAGAACUUUCCCACGAUUUUGUGUGAAAGCCGUGUGUGAAAGCCUUUGUGGGGCACAGUUUCACUCGACCCCGUUUUGGGGGGACUGUAGCUGUGCUGCAGUCUGAAAUAGGUGCCGCGUUUUUCCCUCAGCUGUACUGUAGCAAAUCCUGUGCUAUGGACACACUCGCAUUUCUGCCCGAUCAGUUGGCACUGAAGCCGCCGAUAUGCAGUGGAACCAACCAAGUUGCCCUUCCGCUCGACUCCUGGGAAGAAUGGAAUGCAACGUGUACAUAAUGUAAGGCCUGAGGUGGGGCUAAUAAAAUGCUUGACGGAGA